AUGCCUGUUUUCCUGAACCUUACAGAGUUUAACCAGUCUGAUCGCUGUGAGCAUUUCUCCUGUCUAGAGAGAUCUGUAUCUUCUGCAGUUUAUAUCUUACUGUAUGUGUGUUCAGCUGCUGUGGUUCUGCUAACAGUGUGUGGAAAUCUCCUUGUUAUUAUCUCUGUUUAUCACUUUAAACAGCUUCACACACCAACAAACAUCCUCAUACUCUCUCUGUCAGUGUCAGAUUUUCUUGUGGGGACUUUGGUCAUGCCGCCAAUGUUAAUCUGGAGGAUCGAGUCAUGCUGGUUUUUUGAUAUGCAUUACUGCAUCAUUUUUUUGGUGACCUCUUAUUUUCUAACAAGCCUUUCUAUUUAUAAUAUUGCUCUGAUAGCUGUGGAGCGAUAUUUGGCACUUUCAAACCCGUUUCUUUACACAGACACAAUUUCUAGUACGACCAUGUGUAUUGUGGUUUGUUCUAACUGGUUUGUGUGCCUGGUGUAUAACACAGCAUUUUAUUAUUUCAAUGGAAGCUUUACACAUUUUGUACUCUGUCCUGGAGAUUGUUAUCUUUUUCUACAUGGAAUUUUAUUUGCAAUUGACCUUGUAAUAACAUUUAUUUGUCCAUGUUCUGUCAUCAUCAUACUGUAUACUCUAGUUUUUGUGAUUGCUAAGAAACAUGCCACUGCUAUCAGACAGCUUAAUAAUCACACACAAGCUAAAACACAGAAAAUCACCUCACACUUGAUGAAAUCUGAGAGAAAAGCAGCUAAAGUCCUCGGCAUUUUAGUGUUUGUGUUUCUGGGGUGUUUACUUCCAUAUUUUAUUUAUAGUUUAUUAGGUGAUAUUAUUGAAAUACAGGAAGAAACGCUUCAAAAUCUUGCAGUUCUGGUUUAUCUGAACUCCACCGUCAAUCCGGUAAUUUAUGCUCUAUUUCAUCGAUGGUUUAGAAAGUGUAUUAAAUUUAUUAUAACUUUGCAAAUAUUCCAGAAAGAUUCUGACUUAAUGAAUGUUCUUUCAUAA